AAUUUUUCUCUGUUCUACUCUGUUUGGCAAGUACUGAGAAAGGCUAAGAAAGCUCGUGAGUUUCCCCAUUAAUUAUGAACAUGAGUGACCAGUCCAUGGCUUCUGGGUCAGCGCAAAUAAAAAACAUAGUUCUAGUGGGGCGUGCAGGCAACGGAAAAAGCGCCACAGGGAACUCACUCAUUAGACAACAAAGGUUCACCUCAUUAACACAAGCAACAGGUGUUACUAUGACAUGUCAAACAUUUAGGGCUGUGACAAAAAGUGGGCCGAUCAUCAAUGUGAUUGACACUCCUGGUCUAUUCGAUUUGAUAACGACACCUGCCUUUAUCAGCAAGGAAAUCGUUAGAUGUCUUGCUCUGGUUGAGGAAGGAUUACAUGCUGUGGUGUUAGUUUUAUCCGCUAGGAAUCGGAUUACGCAAGAGGAAGAGUCCGUGGUUAGUACGUUGCAAAGCCUCUUCGGGAGUAGAAUCCUUGACUAUUUGAUCGUUGUAUUCACUGGUGGUGAUGAGCUAGAAGAAAACAACCAGACAUUGAAAACGUAUUUAUCCACAAGCCCUGAGUUUCUGACGAGAAUUUUCACAUUAAGUGGCAAUAGAAAGGUUUUGUUUAAUAAUAAGACCAAGGAUGAAGACAAGAAGGAUAAGCAAAUCGAGGAGCUUCUCGCCCAUGUUGCAGCAAUUGGAAGGAAAAACGAAGGGAGACCGUUUACGGAAGAGAUGCACCGUCAGAUAAAGGAAGAGACCAAGAAGCUUAAGGACGAGGAAAAGAAAGCCGAAGCUAGGUAUAGAAAAGAAGUAGAGAAAGAAAGGGAGAGGAAGGAGGAGUUAAGGAUGUCGUUUCAACUUAAGAUGGAUGAAAUGGCAAUGAUGGUGGAGAGAAAAGUAGCAAAUGCUUUGGAUAUACACGAAGCAAUGAUGCGUAUAAUGGAAAACGUGGCGACAAGGAGAGAACAAGAUCCGAAGCCGUCAUGCAACAUCAUGUAAUCGGUGUACCCAAUCGAGCAAAGAUUGUUGGAAGACAUAUGUCAAAGUCUUAUUGUGCACGAUUUUUUAUUUCAUUUUAUGUGUGCUAUGUGGUUUUCUGCUUUUGUUUGCUUCCCGAUUUCAUAACCCUUGUAAGUAUUGUUAUUUAGCAAAAAAACCCUUGUAAGUAUUGUUGCUAAUUAAAUAAUAAUUGUUGCUAAUAAAA